AUGGCCCAGCUUUUUGGCCUUCCUAAUGAAGUCAUCAAUCACAUCUUGGGCCUUAUCCCACGGUCUGAUUAUACGAAGCUUUGCCUUGUCAAUAAAUCAUUGCGCUACUAUGCCGAGCCUUUUCUGUAUUCCACCAUUUCUCUGAGAUGGGACUACUGUCACGUACCUCCCAUCGUCUCCCUCCUCCACACUCUCCUCCAGAGACCAGAGUUGUUUUCAUACAUAGACUCUGUAUCUUUACAUGGAUCAGCGUUUGAAGCUUGGCCGCCAGCCCCUGUGGAUACAACUAGGAUGCAGCGAGAUCAGUUUUCAGCUGCGAUCAACAAGUUUCAGGUAUCUUAUGUCGGUCAGUGGGUUGACAAACUUCGGAUAGGGUUCACUAGCAUGGAUGCUCUUGCUGGUCUCUUGAUCGCAAAUCUUGCCAAUACGACUUUUCUCGCGAUUACUUAUAACUUCAUCGAUGAGCUUGAUAUUACUGCACAAGUGCUCCGGUCCAAGAUCCUCGGCCAGCUCCCUAAAUUUAGGCAGCUUAGCCGGUUGAUUUAUCACAGGCAGAUGGACGAGAUUCUCUUCGAAUAUGAGCAAGUUUCCCCACUUGCCAUGUCUCUGUUUUAUAUUCCCACCGUUACAGACCUAUUGAUUACAGUACCAAAUCCGGCAGUAUUUCAGUGGCCUGCGGGAGAGCCUUGCCUUGACCACCUGACAUCGCUGGAGGUCGAAUGGGUUUAUCCACGCUGCCUCGCUGAAAUCCUCGCCCGCACACGGAAUUUGAAAUCGUUUUCCUGGAAUUGGGAGUACUGCUCCGACCCCACAGAAGAGCCUGAUUCCAACCUAGACUAUGACCAGAUCAUCGCAGCCCUUUUGCCGCUCAAGGGCACUCUGGAGAGGCUACAGUUUCGAUUACACUGCGACCCUGUGUGGGAUAGCCCAGAGAUCUCAAUAUCAGGGUCCUUGGACGGUCUUCGCGACUUUGAACGAUUGACCUACCUUGAUGUGCCGUUGAUAUCUCUUACCGGGCUGGCACUUGAGCCCCAGCCUCUAGAAUGUCAUAUCCCGCACAGUGUUGAGACGCUUUGUCUAACAGGGGCAUUAUUACACCACGACGACGCAGUUCAGUGGAUGUUGGCUUGGGAAGGCUACUGGCAAGAAGGAUGGGCUUGGAGGUUGGAGGCGGAGGAUGGCCUUAUGGCGGGUCACUUUUGGCAGAAGCCCAUCAUAGACGUUCUCCGGGCGCUGGCUGAGAAGUGUCCGCCGAGACUGCCACGCCUUCGUCGUGUAAUCUUCAUUGAAGACUGUGAUCUAUCGGACUCGCACAUGGUUUCUCCGAUGAGGCAGCUUGAUCUUGAGCAUGAAAUUGAGUUUGAGAUCUCAAGUGAGGGAUCGUGGGCUCAGCGGUACCUCCCCGAUUCAUUAGAAAAUCACGAUUCGGGCUGA